UGUUGGCGUGUGUGUGUCACCAACAGCUUCUCCGGACUCCAGCGGACUGCCAGCCAGUCAGCCACUGUCUGGUAAACGGGCGCGUGCGUGAGGGGAUACGUGUGCACGUGUGCGGCCAAGCGUGUAUGUGUGUGUGGUGUGAGGAUAGGAAAGCAGCGCACACACACACACACACGCUUAACAUUCGCUCGCAACAUGGCGUUGAAGCGCCGAGAGACACGACAGCUCUGCCCCGACUAAUGCGGUGGUUCUGCGCGGAAAGCCCGGGGACCGCUGCCCGACAGAGACCCAAACCUCCACAGAAACUCCGUUACGCACCGCCGUGGACAAUAACGGAUUCCAGCGUGUGCAUGUCGCCGUGAGGGCUUGAAACUACGGUGUAUGUGAUUGUAUACAGGCGCACGCUUCUGCCCCGCUGGUGGAAAUCAAAGGCUGUACAUGGCGGUGGAGAAUGUUAUUUGGCUGUUCUGUCUUCUUUUGCUGUAUUGGGGUCCAACCAAGCAAGAAAAGCCUGUUUCAGUGGAACUGAGCUGUGGUGCUGGGCCCAGCCAUGUGGUUCUGGAGCUAGGGGUGCCACUUUUGCUGGACUGCAACCUGGGAUCCAGCGACACUCCUUUCAAUGUCACCUGGUUCAAGGAUGGCCAGCUCCUGCCACAGGCGCCGGGAGAUCGCCUGCGGUAUUUGACCAACGGAUCCCUCUUGUUGUCGCCCACCUCCGCAGACAGCCAGCCUCCCCAGAACGUAGAGGGCAGCUACAGCUGUGUGAGUGCCAGCGCCAUCGGAGCCCUGACCAGCCGGACUGUCAACGUGCUGCUUGCAAGUCUGUCCAGCUUCUUUGCGGAGCCAUCAUCACAAACGGUGACCACUGGGGGUUCUGCUCGGUUCGAGUGCCAGAUUGAGGGAGUACCCACACCUGUCAUAACAUGGCAAAAAGACAAAGUGACCAUCACUGACGAGACAAGCAACAGGUUCAUUUCUCUUCCUAAUGGGGUGCUGCAGAUUCUGAAGGUGACUAAAGAGGAUGAGGGCUUCUACCGCUGUGUGGCAUCCAAUUCUGAAAGGAAGAACAUCAGCAGCGAAGCUAGACUCACUGUCACGACAGGCUCCAUUGACAGCCCAAGCCCAGUUGUGAUUGUUGCGCCACCCCAGAAUGCCACAGUGGUGCUUGGCCAUCCUGCUGUGAUGGAGUGUGUGGCACGAGGCCAGCCAAAACCAUUGGUGUCAUGGAGCAGAGAAGACGGAGAGCCCAUUUCCACAGACGUGAUCGUCCUUGCCACAAACCUGGUGAUUAGGGACACGAGGCGUCACCAUGCCGGCGUCUACGUCUGCCGAGCCAACAAGCCCAAAACUAGAGAGUUUGUUUUUGCUGCUGCCGAGUUGCGCGUUGCUGCCCCUCCAGUGAUUGUUCAGCCCCCGGAGUCUGUGUCCCUCUCCAGGGGGAAUACAGCUAGGUUUCUGUGCAACAGUUCUGGGGAACCUUUCCCAGUGCUGCACUGGCUGAAGAACGGCCAACCCAUUAGAUCUUUCAGGCGAAUGAAGGUGCAAAGCCCUGGGGUCCUGCUCAUCAACCAGCUGGCUCUGGAGGACGCAGGUUACUAUCAGUGCAUCGCUGAAAACGGGCUCGGGACAGCCUGCGCCAUUGCCAGGCUGACGGUCAUUGUGAAGGAAGGUCUCCCCAGCCGCCCUCGCCGCCUGACUGCUACGCCGUACUCCAGCACAACGGCCCUGCUCUCCUGGGAGAAACCCGAAUACAACACAGACCAAAUCAUUGCCUACUCCGUGCACUACCAACUCACUACAGGGUCAGAUAAUGAGGACUCUUCGUUAGCAGUUAGCAACGACACCACAGAGUAUCUCGUCAAAGAGCUCCUGCCCCACACUGUCUACACUUUCUUUGUGGUGGCUUAUUCGCUCAUGGGAGCCAGUCCUCCAUCGCUGCCUAUAACCAUAGAGAUGCUUGAGGAUGUUCCGAGUGCACCUCCUCAGCUCUCCGUCGCGAGCACGUCCCCCACGGACAUCAGGCUGACGUGGCAGCCGCUGACUUCACAGCACAGCCGAGGGGCUGUUACCCGCUACCGCAUUGAUUACAGUGCGCUGGAUCAGAAGGGCACUGUGUUCUCAGUGGAGCUGAGGGGCAAUGAGACUCAGUUGACGCUCAGGGAGCUGCGCCCAAACCAGGUUUACCGACUGAGGAUAGCUGCUGGAACCGCUGUGGGCUUCGGCGUUCCGUCUGAGUGGGUCCUGCAGCAGACAAUAGUUCGCAACGGCCCCAGUGACAACAGCACAGUGAUUUUUGCUCCUUCUGAGCUGAAGGUCAGAACCAGAGUGACCACUCUUAAUGUGACAUGGCAACCCUCACCAAAUCACACGCUGGUUUCUGGCUACAAGCUCUCCUAUCGGGAAGCGGAAACUGACGGGUUCUCCAUCAGAGACAGAACGUCGCACGCACUCACCGUCAGGCUUCGGAAGAAGGCGAGGCAUCACCUGCUGACGGGGCUCGCUCCUGGCCGGCAGUAUGAGGUGAGGGUCUGGGCAUUCGACAAGCAAAAGGAUGGAGCAGCUGCAGUGUGGAAGGGAAGGACGGAUAAGAUCCAUGGUAGACCCUCUGGGCCGUCCUCGUCCCCUCCGUUGCCCCCCAGCAGCAUCCGAGCCACGGCCAACGGCUCCACCUCCAUCUGGCUCCGCUGGGAGAAACCUCGGUUCAUCAACGUGCGCAUCAUCAACUACACGGUGCGCUGCAGCCCAGCAGGAACCACCAACGCCUCUCUUGUCUCUUAUUACACCAGUUCUUCUUUGGAGAUCCUGCUCAGGGGACUGAGGCCUUUCACCCACUAUGAGCUGGCAGUGCGGUCCAAUGGAGUGAACACUGCCGGACCCUUCAGCAGCACCAUGGUGGAGGCCACCCUGCCUGACCGGCCGUCCACGCCACCCGAGGAGCUGCAGCUGAGAGCUCUGAACUCCUCGUCUGUGCUGGUGAGUUGGCGCCCUCCGCUGGAGCCAAAUGGCAUCAUCGUCAGCUACAAGAUUUUGUACACCGUCAACCUGAGUGAGCCUGAAGACGAGUGGAGGAAUCUCUCUGAGGGUGGGGGCAUCUUUAGUGUGGAGGUCCACGGUUUGUCAGGGGGAACUCGGUACUUCCUUAAAGUGGGAGCUUCCACAAAAGUGGGAUCAGGGCCUUUUUCACCCGUUAUGGAGGUUCAGACUCCCCUGUCCACAUAUGAGCUGGACAUUCACGCAGUCACAGGCAUCAUAGUCGGCGUUUGCUUGGGACUUAUUUGCAUCCUCCUCUGCAUGUGUUUCAGCUUUCGAAACGGCAAACCCAGAGAGCCGUCUGGAGGCCUGAGCUCCACAGCUGUGACUCCUCAGUGCAGGAAAGGCGGCUGCCCUGCUCCAGCCAGUGUGCCCGAGUGCAGCGAUAGCCACGAACUGGAGACACUGAUGCCUCCAGGCACCCAGGAGUUGGGUCAGCAGCCAACAAAAGACCCGGAGGAACAGAGUCUGAUGAUUGCUUGGAAUGGCUCUGUGAGUCAUAACUGGGUCAACAGGAUCACCCGAUACAGAGACACUAUAACAGAAGAGUCUCCGGCGCUGACGAACGGAGCGCUCAACAUGUUCAUCACUGCGCCUGGCACGGAAACAGACGAUCAUCUCUCCCCGUCUCUGUGCAGUAACCAGGUGGAGGCAGAAGUCGUUGUGCACUCUGAGUUGUCAGACCCCCCUGGGAGGGAAAAGGAGGAGGGCAGCGAGCGGGAUUCUAUCGCUACCCGGGGACCGUCGUUAUCAGAGGACGUGUAUUCCCCUCUGAGUCGGCCGAGUUCGCCGAGAGAAGAGGCGGAGCACGUCGAAAUCCUUUCCGCUCGGGGGGCUGAAAGUCCCCCGAGUCUUCCCGCAAGAACAUUGGCGGCUCAUCACAACGAGGAGGCAGAAGGCGCCAGGCAACAGGAGAACGCCGACAGGGAGCCACAGCCGGACACAUGCCUCACCAAUGGCUUCCACUCUCCUAAGACUCCGAGGCCCAUGCUGAAAUCUGAGCAUCUGGAAAUGGAAGACUCCAGACACUGCCCGUCCGCUGCAGGGAAGGCUAUCUCUGCUGGACUACCUUCUGCACCCUUUGUCAGCCCCGGCUUCGUGCACUCUACCUCAGCUGCUCACAUAUAUCUGUGCCCUUAACUUCCUCUACGCAGGGACAUUUCAGACUUUUUCUUUUUCUUAUUUUCCAGGAAGAAUCCAUGAAAAAAAAUAUUUUUAUGCACAUUAUCACUGGAUUUCUUUCUCUUCCUUGCAUAGUUUUAUAGGUACUCUGAAUCCAUCAUUUCACAUAUGUGUAUACUGUAUACAUAAGAAGACGUGUUCUGUAGAGGUCCAGAACUGUUUCAGGUUCUACAUCUUUGUGGAUUCGUUCCAGAUCACAAAAAGAAGACAGGAAAGUUUGAAUAUAAGCAGAGCAGAACCUGAGUGAAGUCGCCCCCAUCCCCACCUUCUUCAAAUCAGACAAAAUUGGUGUUUGUGCAUCAAGAUGUUUUGUUUGUGCCGCUAUCAUUUUAAAGAUAUUAUGAAAUUUUUCCAGACGUCAUGAAAGGUCAUCCAGCAACCCUUACCUUCUUCAAAUCAGACAAAAUUGGUGUCAAUCAACUCGACUAUGUUUGUGCAGCUAAAGUUUUUGUUUAUGCUGCUUUGGCUUUGAAGAUAUUAAUGAAAGUUUAAAGGUCAAAA